AUGAAGAUGAAGAUGAAGACCUCCCUGGUGUUCCUACUGGUACUGACAUGCUGCCGUCUUCGCGGAGCUCAGACACGGAGCAGCGACAAUGACGUGGCUCAGACUCCGAGGCCCGGGACCGACGCCGACGGAGGCGUACAAGAGCUGGUGUCUAACUCGGACGUCUGGGUGGAACUGAGGAGUCUGAGAGACAUGGUGGUGGAGCAGAAGGUAGAGCUGAGGCACCUGACGAACAGAGUGACAGCUGCUGAGAGCAUCGUGGAGGCCUUGGAGAUAGCGAACACAGUUCAAGCUGCCGAUCUGGCGGUCGCCCAGCAGAAGCUCGGCACUCUGCAGCUAACACUGACGGCCGGUGAGCGCCGCGUGGAGGAGCUGGAGAAACAGCAGGAAGGACACGAGGCUGCGCUGCAGGAACUCCAGAAUUCCAAUAAAGUGGGGAAAGUGGCUUUUUCUGCCUCCCUUCUGGCAUCCGGUGAAGGCAACACAGUCGGCCCAACGCUCGUCUACAAGAACAUCUUCACCAACAUCGGAAACCACUACAACCCGACCACAGGUUACUUCACUGCACCAGUGAGAGGAGCGUAUUACUUCAGAUUUACUGGCCACGUGGCACACCUAAGCAGUUACAUGGCAAUGAGCCUGGAAAAGAACGGACAUUGCGUAGUCAUGGCAGCUGACCGUCACGGCACACCCGAAGAUCGCGAGGACGGUGCAACCAAUGGCGUCGCGUUGCAGUUAGAAGUGGGAGACGUCGUCUCGGUACAACUCAAACCCGGUGCAGCGGUUUGGGACGACCAGUACCACAGAACAACAUUUAGUGGCUUCCUGCUCUUUCCUUUGUGA